AUGGACUGCCUGGACGACGACGCUACGCUCGAGAUCACGGGCUCGCGACCAACUGUGAGCAAGCGCCGGAGCUUCUCGUCGACCACAUCGUUCGCUCCCAAUAACACGCCGCAAGUGACGAAUUUGACUAGCACAGCCAAGUUUUGCAUCGAAUGCGGUUAUGAGUUGCCACCUCGAGUCAAAUUUUGUAUUGAAUGCGGCACAUCGGUGCGGCAACAGCUCAUGUCGCCCGUGAGUGUGGAUGGUGUGGGCACAGAAGUGGAUCGAGGCAAUCGAGGAUUCCGAGACUCGUUGGGGUCGAAUCUCAUGGUCAUCGACGAGCACAGCGGAUCUCCCACGGAACCAACGGAUGGAUCGGAGGAUGACGCUCCUACAGAACAAGAACCGGAGGAAACUAUACCUUUGGAGAAGAAAGUGGAAGUGGAAACCCCGGAAACUGACGACGUUGAAGCGAAAGCAAAGGAGUUCGAGGAGCUUGUGGCGCAGUUGCAGGCUGAGAAUGAAAAGCUACGUAAUCGUGUGGAGAAGUUUAAGCGCAAAGCCACUGAGGCGGAGCGUCGUCGACUGGAAAGGGAGGAGGAACAUGCUCGUGCCGUGUCAGAGGCUACGGCGGCUGCAGCUGCGGCUGCAACUGCUGCCGCCGAAGUGCAGGCGAAUAACCGUAGUGCAUCAGAACCAACAACCCAAGCGCCUGCGGAUACAGCGACUACUAGCAAUGGAACGGGUGUCGCUGCGAAGGAUCAUCCGGACUACUUGAAGUUCUUCAAGUUGUUAACUAUGGGACUUCCAGCGGAGCAGGUGAAGAUGAAAAUGCAAGCUUCAGGUGUCGAUCCGUCGAUCCUUGAUGAUCCAGAUGCAAUUAUCGGAGGCGCUGCUUCGAGUACAGACAACGCGUCAACACCUACAGCAUCAGGUGAUCAAGCUGAAGAUGAGCGCGAGUGGCCUGAAUCCGGACCUUCUUGA